AUGGCGUCCGUCCCGGAGGCGCGGCCGGCGCCGCUCGCCGCCUUCGCGUCGCUCCUCGCCGCGCGCCGCUUCGGGGCGGCGAAGUCGAUGCUCCCGUCCCUCCUCACCCCCACCCUCCUCGCGGUCCCCUUCGCCGACCUCGCGGCCGGCUCCCUCCCGCGCGCCGCGCCGCGGCACGCCGUCGCGGCCUUCCACGACAUGCUCUUCCGCGCGUACGCAGACGCGGGCGUCCCCGAGCGCGCGGCCGAGGCGCUCGACCUCACCGUCUCCCGCCUCGGCAGCCUCGACCCGCGCUCGCUCACCUCGUCGCUGCUCUCGCUCCGCCGGACCGGCCAUCUGCUCCCCGCCGCCGAGCUCCUCAGGAAGGCGCUCGCUUCCUGCCCGGGCUCCAUCACGCCCCUCUCGGCCUCGGUCGUCGUCGACGGCUUCUGCAAGGCCGGCCGCAUGGACGACGCCCGCCGCCUGCUCGACGAAAUGCCAAGCCACGGCGUGAAGCUCAACGCGUGCUGCUAUAACUCGCUGCUCGACACCUACACGCGCCAGAAGAAUGAUGGACGGGUCGCGGAGGUGCUGAAGGAGAUGGAGAGUGGAGGCGUGGAGCCGACUGUCGGGACGUAUACGAUCCUUGUCGAUGGUUUGUCGAUGGCUGGCGAUAUCAGCAAGGUUGAGUCCGUGUUUGAUGAGAUGAAGAGGAAGAAUGUCGCAGGCGAUGUCUACUUCUACAGUGCGGUCAUCAAUGCGUAUUGUCGGGCUGGGAAUGUGCGGAGGGCGUCUGAGGUGUUCGACGAAUGCGUUGGCAAUGGCAUCGAGCCGAAUGAGCGUACUUAUGGAGCAUUGAUCAAUGGGUUCUGCAAGAUUGGGCAGAUGGAGGCUGCUGAGAUGUUGCUGAAGGAUAUGCAGGUGAGAGGAGUAAGACAUAACCAAAUCGUUUUCAAUACGAUGAUUGAUGGGUAUUGUCGCCAUGGCAUGGUGGACAAGGCCCUGGAAAUUAAGGCAGUCAUGGAGAGGAUGGACAUCCAGUUGGAUGUCUAUACAUACAACACGCUUGCGUGUGGGCUCUGCAGGGUGAAUAGAAUGGAAGAGGCCAAGAAGCUACUGCAUAUCAUGACCGAGAAUGGAGUUGAGUCAAACUAUGUCAGCUACACCACGUUGAUCAGCAUCCAUUCCAAGGAGGGUGACAUGGUAGAGGCAAGAAGGCUGUUCCGAGAUAUGGAAGGUAAGGGGUCAAGACCGAGUGUCGUAACCUACAAUGUCAUGAUUGACGGGUACAUCAAGAAUGGGAGCAUACGUGAAGCCGAGCGGUUCAAAAAGGAGAUGGAGAAGAAAGGGCUUGUUCCAGAUGUAUACACUUACGCAGCAAUAGUUCAUGGGCACUGUGUCAAUGGGAAGGUGGAUGUGGCACUGCGGUUGUUUGAAGAGAUGAAGCUGAGGGGUGCCAAACCUAACGUUGUGGCAUACACAGCUCUGAUAUCAGGUCUAGCAAAGGAAGGCAGAUCAGAGGAGGCCUUUCAGUUGUAUGACAAUAUGUUGGCAGCUGGAUUGACUCCAGAUGAUACUCUAUAUUCUAUGCUUGUUGGAAGCCUCCAUACAGAUAAAAGAAAACAUGAAAUCCCAUGA